AUGUCACAAAAGCUACCAACUUCAUCACCAAAAUAUAAUGUUCAGCUUAUAUCCACGGAACUUAAACUCACUGCUGUUCCGGUACACGCACCACAGAGAAACAAUCGCGAUUGCAAUGAGCCUCAGGCCACACGUUCUUUGCUACUGUUGUUACAAGAACAUUUUAAUACCGAUAGAAAAGUUUUGGUUGCAGCAUUAGAGGCCUAUGAAUACUACUACAAUGAUGAUGACAAUGCUGUGGCGUUAUACAUUUCAAAAGUGGAUACUACUGGUUUUCAAAAGCCUGUAAGUGAAGGUGGCAUCAAAAGUCUCACUAAAUUGCUAAUUUCGGGGUUCCUGAGUUACUAUGCAACACAACUCAAACACCUGAGAGUCAAAUUACAUUUGUGUGCUCGCGCACAGCCGGAGUAUUUAUUUACCUAUUCUGCAAAAAAUCCAGCAAAACGCUUGUUAAGUGACGUGCAAUUGAUUAGAUGGUGGAAAACGUUGCUUCAACAAUUAUUUGCUGCUAAUGAUAAAGAUGAUGAUAAUAAUAUUAAGGGGUGGUUCCUUAUUCCAGGUGUUACGUCUGAACAUGAAGCUCGACGUUUGAUCAAAGAUCCGAUUGUGAGUCCAACAGAAGCAUCAGAUAGCCACUUUUGGACAUAUGGAUCUCCUUAUUCGGAUUCUGCGAUUGCUGAACAAGUGGUCCCGCGGUUUGCUGAUGACCCGAAAUUACGUUUUUUUGAAACUUUGAAUGAUCCUGAAUAUCAAAAAGAUGAUGAUGAUGAUGGUCCGACAAACUUUACCGUUAAAGAGUUUUGGGAAAUGAUUUCUAUCACUACAGAGUUUAACUCUGGAAAAAAUUCUGCAUUUUUUUGGAUAUACUUUGGGGGUUCUGCUCAACGUAGCUCCUCUUUUGUUACUACCGAAGAUGAUGAUUCUAAAGACUCGAAAUUACAAUCAAUAAAAGUAACAGCAAUUAAGAAACUGGAUGGAUUGACCUUGACUGAUGCCCAAUAUUACCAUGUAAUUUCAAACUUAGAAAAUUUGGAGUUCUUUCCAUUAGAAGUGUCAAUAGACUCCACAAACACUUUUGCACAACUUUUGAGGGAAAUAUGCUCAUCCGAGCUUGGAAUUACAUUCAACGGGAAAUUAAACAGUUCUGAUCAAGAAAAAACUAGUAAUCUCUUAAUGAAUCAACAAUCGACUUCAUCUGUUUCUUCUAGAACAUCUACAUCAAAAACGCCUUCAUCCAACAUAGAUGUCUUUGAUUCCCAAUUAUCUUCAACACCCUCCGUCGACAUGUCAAAAGAGUCGUUAGAGAAAACUGAGUUAAAUAUCAAGCGAGUGAAAAAAUCUGGUAAUGGUUGA